CUGCACACCCUGUCACCCUCACUUUGUUAAAAAAAGGCGGGAACGUAUCCAUGCUCAUAAUAAUAUCAUCUGUUCAUCUUCAACCUGAAGAAAUUGCGGUCAGAUUCCACUGACAGAUUGUCUAUAUUAAGGCCUCCAAUCGAUAACAACAACCAACACAGACGUUCGAUUCAGUUUAUUCUCACUUUUUUCCAUAAUCAAACCUUCAUUCAACCAUAUUCACCCGUUCUUGCCUCAAGAUCUUCACACAUUUAAGAAAAUUCAAUCAAACUGUUUUUGAUUAUGAUGGAUAACAAGGGUUUGAACAUUAACCGGCCACUUUUGUCCGUGAGGCGAUUCUCAUCGUCGUUAACAUCAUCACAGAAGAACGAAAACAGAAAAAACGAAAGUUAUCUUCCAGUUAACAAACCUUCAACAGAAUCUUGUAAAACUGGAUCAACAUCAAGAAGUGUUCCUUUCGGGUGGGAACAUAGUCCCGGAAGACCCAAGAAUGAAAAGAAUAAACAGAUUCAAGUCACGGAAAGCCCUCCAAGUAGGUUUUUUAAACCCAGAAAGAUAUUUAAAGCCGAAUGUUCAAAAUCAAGAAAGAAAGAAACUUCUGGUUCUCAGAAUGAUAGUGGUGAAGUGUAUGUGGAUGCAGUUGAGACGAUUUCAUCAGGGGAAAUGUCGUUCAAUAGUUGUAGUGCAAGUGGUGUGAUUGGACUCGGGUCGGAUGUGAAACCAUCUGGGCUUCUUCGGGCUGAACCGAGAAUGAGGGAUGUCAUUUUGGGUCGUUUUCUUCCUGCUGCAAGAGCAGUGGCUUCAGAUGCACCUCAGCGUACUUUAAAGAAAAUCGCUGUUAAAGAGAAGCCACAAGUGAAGAAGUCGGUGAAAAUGGAUGAUAAUCAUAAAAAGGUCCAGGAUGAUUACGAUAGUGAUUAUGAGUACCAUGAACAUGAUACUAAAUCGUUUAAAUUUUGUGGACUAGUUCCACGUUUUCGUUCUGUAAAUCCAGUUCAUGGGAUGUGUAUGAAGGCCAAAUUACCGAUUUCUCCUACAAAUAGAAUUCACGCAGGCUCUUCGUGUAGUAGUUCUUUCAGAGAAACUGACGGUGAGCCUGCAAGGAGUGGUGUACACAAGCAUAGAUCACGGAAUAAUGCUUUGAAGAUCGAAUCCACCGAAUCCACAAACUUAGAAGGAUCAAAGCUGUACAAUCGUCUGCAGGGACCUGCGUUUUCAGCUGAACUUAGCGGGUCGAUUCAAUCUACUGUUUCUGAGCAAAGCAAUACAAGUUCAAAGAAAAAGGGUAUAAGCGUUAGGGGACCUGCAUUUUCAGCUGAACUUAGCGGGUCGAUUCAAUCUACCGUUUCUGAACAAAGCAAUUCAAGUGCAAGGAAAAAGGGUAUAAGCAUUAGGGGACCUGCAAUUCCAUUUGAUCUUAGCGGGUCGAUUCAGUCUACCGUUUCUGAACAAAGCGAUACAAGCUCAAAGAAAAAGAGUAUAAGCUUUAGGGAAUUACUAGCUGAUAUGAAGAAGACGAAUGAAGUUACAGAACUCGACGACCAAGAUUCCAUAAUUGAGAAGACGGUUUAUAUUGAUACGGUUCAUAUAGCUGAAUCUCCAAAAGAAGAUUCGGCUCCAUCAUGUUCAAAAACGCAAUCCAGCUUCAAUGAACCGUUGGAGUCUAUGCAUGCUGAUGAAUCAAAACAUGAUAUGAAAGGAAAAAAGUGUAAAGUUUCUGAUGCUGAUUUGGAAUUGUUUGGUGAUGCUAAAGGUAACCAGAAACUGAAAGGUUUUCAGCACCUUGCUCCACUGCCACUGCCAAAAUCACCGUCAGACUCGUGGCUGUGUCGUACGCUGCCUUCGGCAAAAAAGGCACAUACUUUAUGGAUCCCUAUAUACAUGCCUCCCAGUGCGGUAGCUGAUGACCCAAAAACGGAUGAAAACGACCAGUUACAUAGUCCGCAGGAACAAAUGAAUCCUAUGCCAGAAAGUUAAAGUGGGGUGGUUCUGCAUGUGAAUUGGUUUGUCAUACCAUUUUGUUAACCUUUUGUUAAUAAAAUAGAAAAGAUUAUAACAAAUGGCUUUUGUAAUCAUGCUGAUAUGUUUUGACUUGUCACUUAACUCGUUUAGCUCGUCUAUUAAGUGCAGUUGUAACCGUUGUGAUUACUGUAAAAA